AUGAUGAUGAUUGCGAAGAGAUAUACGGCGAGCGUUUCGCCCCGCAGAAACAUCCGUCCGACGCGUACAGCGCAUUCAGCACACCGCACCGCGAAAUUCGCCGCGCCAAGCCAAACCUUUGGCACGCGCGCGGAGCCACGCACGGCAGGAGAUCUUGCAACGUCGAAACCGGUAGGACACGUGUCCAGCACCGUGGCGCCUGCGAUGCGAUCAGCCCAUGCAUGCCUCGUCUGGCAGGUGCCGCCGCGCUGCACCCCCAACGGAUCACAUGACGCGCGAGCACGUGCAUCCAUGCUGCACGAACGACGCAAUGCAUGCGUGCGCGCAUGCAUGCAUUUCCACACACUCGAGAUCAGCGCAAUGCGAUACGUCGAUUGCUCUUCGACAGCGGCAUCCGACUGUAGUUCUGGCUUCCGUACGUUCCUUCUGAGCGUCUUGCCUGACUACCUGUCCCACAGGGCGAUGACCUCCUGGCUUUCUCUAGGGCGCUGGCGAGCGUCGACGGUGUCCUUCGUGAGCUCGGAGAGUCCGCCAAAGAGCCUGUCGUCGCACUGUCAAGAUGUGACGAGGUAUGCGGACGCUGAGCUCGUAGUGCAUCAGCGUGUCGCGGAUUCACCUGCCGUCGUGUGCGCACCGGACGGCAAGACUGACGGUGCAGACAGGGACUUGCUGACGUCCACAAAGACGCAGCGAGCGUUGUCUAGAACUAAGCUCAAGAGGGGCUGGGGAAAGCUGGCAUCAGAGCAGGGUGACGCGCGUUCUCCGGACUCGUGUUUCCGGGAUGUUGCGCGUACGCCGGACCUGCGCUGCACGGACGAGUCGAUAACGUCGUUGCUGACACCGAGCCUGUGUACCUCAGAAGCUGACACGAGCGUUGCUGGUGGGCACGACUCCAGCCCCACUGACCGGACGGAGCAGACAGAGGAUAUCCGUGGCCUUCUGGAACGCUACUUGCAAGCCGAAGAACGCUACGGUUACACGUGGACGUUGCCGACGAACGAAUGCUUCCGUUGGUGGUCUGCCGCCAGAUGCAACGGGCGCCUUGCCAACGCCGAGGUUGACUCUGGAGAGAGACGUGCCGCCUUCACUCGGAUUGCAUGGCAGUUGCGGCUGCGACAAGUCGAAGCCAUCUACCGGCUUGCACCAUGUAUGGAUACAGCGCUGGCGGCAGUUAUGUUUUUCGAUAGAGGAAUGGUGCGGUUUGUUCAAAUCUACACAGAUGCGGAGCUGUAUGGCGAUAACGACGCACCAGGUAUGCGUCUUUUGCGUGUGGGGAUGCCCUUGGUAGCGCUGACGUCGCUCUGGAUUGCGACCAAAAUUCAUGAACGCGAAGCAGGAAAUGUUCAAGCAUGGCUUCGCGAGUGGCCGGUUGACGAACAUAUGGGAUCACCAGGGGUUCUGGGCGCAGAUGCCGAGGCAUCGAUCUCAAUGCCAUUGAUCAAAGCGGUCGAGUUGGUGCUUCUGGAAGCGCUUGGCUGGGACUUGGUACCCGUCAGCCCGCUGCACUUUGCGAUGACUUUCGCGGUGCUCGGCUCGCAGCGGUGCACCGGCGUGUGGGCGCUAACGAGCAAGCUCUGUUCUCUGAGCAUGCUUGAACAAUCUAUCGCUGGCCGUUAUCCGCCUAGCGCGAUUGGGCUCAGCUGCUUGCUUUCGGCGCUGCGGCUUCGAAGGCAUCCAAUGGCGGUGCAGCGAAACGAUGCACGCUACCCGAGCGGGAAUCUGGUAGCGGAAUGGGCGCGGGGCGUUCUGGAAUUCACAACGCCGAACGUUGACUUGUUUUCCUCGAUGGUUCAGGAGCUGGAAGCUAUGCUGCACGAAGUCGUGUAUCCAAUACCCUCAGCAGGGUUCUCCCGCUCGCUAUCACCAUGUUCACUGGAGAACGGUAAGAGGGAUUUACGGAGACGCAAAAGGCGCGCUGGUCAGGAUCUGGAGCGCAAGUGUCGGAGACUCGCCAAGGACCAGUCUAGCCCCUUGACGUCCUUUCAUGCCCAAGAUACGUGCCUAUUCCAGCCACAUGGUGCCGAGCAAGAAUCUCCAGAGCUGUACAGCAGCUCCAUGGAGACAGUUUCGGAGGCCGCGUCGCCUCGGAAUGUCACGAGGAUGUCUCCCGAUGCGGGGCGUCCUUGUGCACCCCGCGGGCACGCCAGUGCCUACCAGGUAGCCAUGCAACGCGCGAUCUUGGCGGAAUCUGGGUGCUGCCUCGAGACAUGUACACAGCAGGCGCCGUCUUCACGCCGGCUGCGCUUGCACUAG